CUUUGCACGCUCAUCAUCGUCCCACGAAGCAAUCGCGCCAACAACAUCCCCCUACUCUCUCGCGAUGCUUUCUUUUGCUGAACCGUCUGGGUUGCGAUAAGGAUCGUACUGUCUUUCUCCUUUGCGCCGUCCAACGUCGUCCAACACGCCCUAAUGGGCACCUUCUGGCCACCGUGCUACGCUCCAUGGAUAUCAUCUAUCUCGUUGCGAAUUGCACUUUUCUUCUAUCGCGCCGUAUCAUCUCUCUUUUAUUUUUUCGCGCUAUGCGACGGAAUGUAACGGUGGGAUCGCAGCAGGAUCGAGCGUAACGAGUGGCAAGGAAAAAGAGAAACGUUGUUUAUAAUGAUCAGCGCGUUGGGUGUGCGAUCUAAGAAGGCGACAUACGCGUAACAUAUACGUUUAGCGAAAUUGGACGACGAAGGAAGGAAGAAAGGAAAGAAAGAAAGAAAGAAAGAAAGAAAGAAAGAAAGAAAGAAAGAAAACUGCGCCAUCGACUGCGCAUUCAUUUUGAUCCGAUCCAUUGAGUCGCGCCAUCUUCCCUAACUCGUAUGUAAAUGCGUCUCCUUUGGUAAAGCGGUUAUAAUCGCGCAUCCUAUGGAAAGAAGAAAAACAAAUGCAAACAUUUCGAAUACGUCUAUAACGAAACCGUAGGAUACUCCGAAUGAAUUUAAUUGCGCCCGUACGAAUAUUAAGGAUCUUUCGUAAAAAUCGUGCUGACGCACGUAACCGGUGGGCGUUAUCGUCCGUAUGCCUAUUCACCGUACUUAUCGUCGGGAUUGCUUCUACGUGCAAACCUUUCAAGAUAAUUAUGUUGAUCGUUAAUCGACUAUAAACCCGAAGCAAUUACCACUAAUUUUAUCGUGCAAUCGGAAAGGUUCGCGCGAAGAUGGAAAAACUGUGUCGAUUUCGAGAGAAAUGUUAUCUAGAAACGAGCGCUAUUCGAGCGUGCGUGCCACUAUACCUUUAGACGUAUUUUCUGCUCUUCUCGGCAAUAGCUUUUUACACCUUUGAUUAAAUAACCCUAUCCUGGUGUAUUGGUUUGGAACAAGUUUUUCUUUUUUCUUAAGUGACGCGAUCACGUGCGUUUCUUUUACAAAUUUUUCGUCUACUCGACAAUGCGAACGGAUUUUCCUAGUGCAGACUUCCCUUUGUAAAUUGGACAAUUUGAUCAGCGAUCCGAUGAAAAAUUGUUUAAUGCAACAAGUUUUACGCUUCCGCGUAAGGUAGGGUUAAGCGGGCAAUCGAUGGAAUCAAUUUGCAUAAUGUAUACGCGCGAAUGUGUACGUUCCACAAUGAAUUCUCUAAUGGGGACGCCUUCUGUCGACGAUAUCAAAUGAUAUCGACAUCGGCCGUAUGUACUGGUACGUAUUAACGGAUACGUUGACGAUAGCGAUAAAGAUCGCCAACGGCGAAUGUCCUUAAAAUUUUGGAUACCUACGAUUAUUUUUUUUUUUAGGAUCUAACGAGGGGUGAUUAGAGAACGGUAGGAGAAUAGAUAUUUUAAUAGUAACGGUGCACGGUGCACAUAUAGAGUACGUAGGAUUGAAACAAAUCGAAUCGAGGUUUCUCGUUCGCGCAAAGUUAUUUUGGAAUUUUGUCUCAGCACAAACGCGAAACCUUUGCAAUUUCCUUCGCGUAAUGAAAUAGCUAUCGAUCGCGGAGACACGAUCGGACGCGAAGGAUAAAGAUCAUCUUCUUUUCUCGAGGAGGUCGCUUUUAAACCGACCGGUUUACUUUUCUUUGAUUAUUGUUGUCAAGCCGUGCAUGAUGUCCGUUCAACGGGAAGGUUGUAGUAUAGCAACGAGCGUAGCGAUGAUAAAUAGAUACGCGGAAUAUUCGAGAAAGUGGGUGUGAAAAAUUGACGAGGAUUACGAGAAGAGAGUACGUGGUUGAAUAAGGAGAGGAAGCUCCUUGUCUCGUCAAAACCCAAUCGGGCUACAAAAGCUGAAGAAAAAUCGCCGACGUCGGGAGAAAAGGAAAGAGAGGAUAAAAAAAAAAAAUAGGUUCGUUAGGAUUGGAAAGGUCGAGAGCAGCCGAGAGCGGUCGAGAGUAGCGCGACUCGAUAGGAGAGGACGAGAUAUGGGUACGUUGAUGCGCUGCUGCGCUUCUGCGCUGCUCCUCGAGCUCCGAUCGAGCGAGGCCGCGCGUUGCACUCGUCGUCAAGCCGAACGUGUACGAGGCAAACCGAGGGAAGCCGGCCGGGAAGCUGAGCGAUUGGUCACCGGAUCUGACCGAAGAAUACCGAGGUCGACCGAGCCCAAGCCGAAGGGGAAGCGAGCGCGCGCAAAGCGCCAGGCGGCGAGUCUCCACGGAGAGAGGCGCACAGCUCAAAAUAUAUUCAGUGUAUUGCAAAGAAGCGUGCGACGUGCCGUUCGCGUUUCGCUCGCGCGUUUGCUUCUUCGUUUGCGCGCGCAUCUUCUCUUUUCUCUCGGUCGUAAGACGACGCUUCGCGAUAUACUCUAUAAUAUACAUUAUAUGCUCGCACGAGCGUUUUCCGAGAAAAGAAAAAUAGUUGGACGCUUUUUCCUUCGAGAGGAGAAAAGAGCCUCUCUUUCUGUUUCUUUACUUUCCCCUCCCCCCUCCUCCACCCCAUCCCUGCCCUACCCCUCGACCCCUCUUUCUCGCUUUUUCUCACUUUUCCUCGACGUAGGAGCGUCGAAGAAGAUACAGGGGGAUCUUAGAGGAUACAGGAUCCUCUUAAAAAGAGGAGGACCGUGCGUGCCAGAGAGGAGGCUCUUUCUCUUGGUUGACCGUGAGCCCAGUCGUAAACGCCAUCCACUCUUUUCUCCGCUAGAGAGGAUUUUUCUGUGAAAAAAAGUAAAAGAGAGGAGGAGAAGGAGGAGGAGGAGGAGGAGGAGGAGGAGGAGGAGGAGGUUAUCGCUCGUGACUAGAAAGGAGGAAGGAGGAUCGACGAUCGGAGCUUUUCCCACGAGAGAGAUCGAUAGCGAAACAAUUGAGGAGCCAUGGCCUUCGAAUCUUGAAAGCUCAACAACGUUCGAUGCUUCGGCCGUGGUCUACGCGCAAAAUCUUUUGGAAGAUCUUCUUUCCGCAUAUAAAUUAGACGUGUACUUUUGAUUUCUUUUGCGAAACUUUGACGGAGAACUUUCCUUUCUCUAACAUCGCCGCCGUUCGGGAUAAGAGAACUCUUUAGAAACGCUGCGGAGGCUGGACCUCUGGAUAUCGUGAAGCUUCGCAAGGGAGAUAAGCUCCUGAACAUUUCGUGUCACUUGCCGGCAAAUACUCCUGACACGCCCUAUGUUCUUCAGGUCGUCGGUGCUCACCCCGCCUCCUCGGGGAUGAUGGAGUUAGAAGUUCUGCGGGCACUCGAGAGCCGCGUGGCGAGCCUGGAGCGGGAACUGCGCGAGCACCAGGAGGCCAUUUGCGCGUCACCACCGUUGGCACUUCGGGAACUUAAGAGGCAGGUCGACAGCUUCAAGAACAAGCUCGAGACUACCGAGCACCUCAGCUGGCUGGGUUUCUACAAGCAACUUCCAGAACCCAUUUCCUCGAAAGCAUGUAGAAGGUUACAAUAUCGUCGGAAGAGCGACGGCAUAAAGCGUAAAGUGCGAGAAAAGUUCCUCAACAUCUGCGACGUGGCCAUGUCAUCGAAUGUUCGAGAAUGGCUUCGCUCGCCGGCCUUCGAUGCCCGACAAUGGGAAGACGAGGAGCUCCUUCUGAUGCUGCAAACGAUGUUCGUCGAGCUCGACCUACCUCAAAAGUUCAACAUUCCCUUAUACGUUCUGAGGAACUUUCUAUACGAGGUCUACAUAAACUACAACGAGGUGCCAUUCCAUAACUUCCGGCAUUGUUUCUGCGUCGCUCAGAUGAUGUACGCGAUAGCUUGGGCGGUGGAUUUGCCGUCACGGAUCGGCAACCUCGAGGUCUUCGUCCUGAUCGUCUCCUGCAUAUGCCACGACCUCGAUCAUCCGGGCUACAACAACAUCUAUCAGAUAAACGCGCGUACCGAGUUGGCCCUGCGUUACAACGAUAUCUCGCCCCUGGAGAAUCAUCACUGUUCGGUGGCCUUUCGCGUCCUAGAGUCCGCCGAGUGUAACAUCUUGGCGUCCUUGGACUGUUCGACCUACAGGACGGUGCGCGAAGGUAUCAUACGAUGCAUUCUCGCAACCGACAUGGCAAGGCAUAACGAGAUAUUAGCGCAAUUCACCGACAUCAUCGCGGACUUCGAUUACUCGAACAGGGCCCACAUUAAUCUGCUAUCGAUGAUCCUGAUAAAGGUUGCCGACAUCAGUAAUGAGGCACGGCCUAUGGAAGUUGCGGAACCGUGGUUGGACAGGUUGCUUCAAGAGUUCUUCAAGCAGAGCGACGCGGAGAAACUCGAAGGGCUUCCGGUAACUCCGUUUAUGGAUCGUGACAAAGUGACAAAACCCUCGUCGCAGUGCAGCUUUAUCGGCCUAGUUCUUCUUCCUCUCUUCGAAGCCCUCGGCGAGCUGUUUCCCGAACUCGAGGAUCUCAUAGUGCGACCAGUGAGAGAAGCUCUCGAGUAUUAUCGAAGACUUAACGAGGCGGCAAAGGACGAGCGGCAUCAUCGUAAGAGCGUGGUAGAUAUCGGAGAAUCGAAUCAGUCUUUGGCCCAGGUCGCGACUAGUUCAACGGCCGCGGCCUCGACGUCGACAUCGACGUCGACAUCGGCAACGACGGCGGUCGUCAAAUCUACCUCGUCUCAUAGCAUGCGCUCUAAACGUUCCGCCGGUACUAUUCACUCGAGAUCGCGCUCGACGGAGGACGACAUUACGACGGAGGAUCUAACGAUCGAGGAAGCGGAGAAUCUCGAGAGUUCGGAUCCCGAGACGGCAACCGAAGUCGAGAUCAGUGAGAAGACGUUAAAGUUUAAAAUCUCGACGGAGGGUACGACCGUUGGAUCUGCCACGCAUUCCGGCAGAAAGAGUUAUCCCGGUAGCCGGAAGGGCAGCAAGGAGAAAUCCUCCUUGGAUUAUCACAAUUACGAGCUUGCGCGAGCCAUGAGGGAACACGAGCGCGAGCGCGAUCGAGAGCGCGAGAGGGAGAGGGAGAGGAGACGCAGCCGCGGCGAGAACAAUCUCGGGAGUGAUCUUAGCUCGCCGGUUAGCGUGAGAUCGAUCGACGGCAGUAAAAUACUCGAAGAACUCGAGCGAGACGAUUCCAUUUUCUUCGAUGAGAACGUCAUCAACGAGGAGAUACAGGUGGUCGAGGGUAACGGGAACGCGAUCGGUGACUUCCAAAAGGAACGUACCAGAAGGAACGGCUCGAAGCAUCAAUCCUCUUCCGGGAUAGGUCGCAAGGACGUUCCGAUAAUUCGACGAGAAUCGAUCGUCUCUUUGCGUUGCUCUUGCGACGACAAGAGCAACUCCUCGAAUAAUCACAAGUCGUUGCUAUCGCGUUUGAGGAACUUUACGGAUCGUUUGAGCAUAAGUUUCGACUCCAAAGAUUCACCUAGUCCAAGAGCCACAAAACACGUGGCGAAAAGUCUGAAUAAAAACAAUUCCAUGAGCGCUAAUACUUGCACCGCUAUCGCCAGGCGCCGGCAACAGCAGCAGCAGCAGCAGCAGCAGCAACGCGAUUCUCCGACCAUUUGCAAGCGAUGUAAUCUCAGGAAAGUAGUAGCGAGCAAGGAGGACGCCGGAAAGAUCCCUCCGACGGUGGUCGAGCUGUCGAGGGCUAUAGAUAAGAGGGCUAUGACGUUGCCGAAAGUGAGAAAGAUGCAGGAUUCGAAGAGUAAGGGUUGGAAGACGGUCUUCGCGAAGGAAAGAAAAUCGUCGGCCUCGUUGGAAGUUUUACCCGGCGAGAAUAAGUCGAUCGAAUCGAAACAUCGGAGAAAUCUAUCGAAUCCGGAAGGUAAAUGUUCAAAGGGGCAGAAGGGCCUCGACAUUGGCAUCGACAUCGGCAUAGACAUCGACAUAGAGUUCAAGGAGAUCGAGGUGCGCCCUUCUAGAGGCAUCGGCCAGCAACAACGGGAAAAACCGGAGAUAGUCGUUAAUCCGGAUAGCUCGUCGCCGUGCAGAUACGAGGACGCUGAGGAUAUGGGAAAAAUCGAAAUCAGACGGAGCUCCGCCAGUAUGGAGGACAUAUCGAAGAUCACGAAGCAAACUGAAAAUAUUCUUUUGGGCUCCUUGGAGGCAAAAAAAGCGGAGGACCUUCAGCAUACGGGUAGUUUGGACUCGAUGCUUUGUAAGGAGUCGUUAAAGGCGAGGAAAAAGAUUAACGCGUUCUCAUCGCCUGCCGCCUCGAAGAAAUCCUCGCCGGGUCUCUUUUCGCGUUUCAAGUCAGGCAUGAGCAUCGACAGUACCAGGAGCAACAGCAACAGCGGUUCGUUGCACGAUCAGGGCUCGCAACACUCUCAGACCGGUUGGAUAUCCUCCUUGGCCGCAAGUUUCCGGCCAAAGAGACAAACGACGAGCGAGUUGCCGUCCUCGUCGGCCCCGGUCCAUCCCCAAUCACAGAAAUCUCAGAGCCGCGAUGAGAUCAAGUGAUACGUCCUUCGCGUCGAUCGAGGAGCCGAAAGAGAUGGAUCUUCCAAUUCGUCGCGUCGAGAAUGGUGGGCGCGACAGCCGUUCUGCUGUAACAGCUAAUUUAGCGCGAGAAGAAACUCUCUUCUUCGGCUCGCGAUCGAGCGCGAUAUUUGAUUUGCCAAAUCGCUACCAAAUUUUUUUCCCGGAGUUCCAGCGAGUCGCGCUUUGACCAUGGAAUCGACCAAAUUUCUAACGAGACUUUCCAAUUCCUUGGAUUUCGGUGUAGCAUCUCAUUUUUCCCUUGCUACGCGACCUCCUACGCGUCACGCCAUUUUUUCUCCCUUUCUUCUUUUUAUUAUGUUUUUCUUCCUUUCUUUCUUUCUUUCUCUCUCUUCUUCCUCCCUUUUCUUUCCUUUCCUUUUCUUUUCUUUUCUUUUUUCGAUAAACAUAGAUUACGUUAUUUAUUGUCGAAUCAUGGCACAGCCUAACGAGUAAAUGUCAAUGUUGUUCGUUGAAUAGAUGCGCGUAUAUACCUAUAUAUAUAUAUAUAUGAAUAUACGGAAAAGAGGUAAGCGUAGAAGAAUAAACGCCCUUAAGGUAUUCGUCUCGUUCGACAUCGGACAACACAUCGUGUACGCAUACGUGUGUCGCUUAAGCGCGUUUUACGCAUGUGUGCAGCUAUUUGUGUACAUAUAAGACACGUCACACACAACAAGUUUAUAUAUGUAUAUAUACAUAGGAUAUGCUAGUUAGAUAGAGAAAAAAUGUCGAUUCGUAGACGGAUCGACUCUUGCGUGUAUGAUACAGAAACGAACGAAAGAUAUAGGUAUGAGAGAUAGCUCUAGUGGAAAUAAGAAAGACGCAGCCUAAUUGUCUUUCUCAUUUGUGAUCGGUGAAAUGAUCGACGAACGAUCGACCGCUCGAUCCCUCGACGUUGUUGAAAUACGCGCCUUUUUUUUUUAAUCUUCGAUUACUUUUUUUCUGCUUUCCUCUUUUUUUAAAUGUUUAUAUUUUUAUACUAUUAUUACAUCGGCGUGUCCGUAAGCGAUUAAGAAACCGCACGUAUUGUUGAACUCUAGUCUUACGUUAUUGUUUUCGAGAGAGAGAGAGAGAGAGGGGGGGGGGGAGAGGAGAGGAGAGGAGAGGAGAGGGGGAGAGCCUGAACCUAUAUUAGGGUAUUUUUUAGUUUUUUAAUUUUUUCUUUUUUUUUUUCUUUUUUUUCUUUUUUUUAAUAACGACCGUAGCUUUAUUCUUUAGGGGGUAAGUUUACCCUUCGACUUUGACGAUCUCAACGAUCGUUUUGCGUUAACGCGCCUAACGUUCCUUUCAACCUUUUCCUUUCGUUGCGUCGAGGAAAAAGGCUCGUUAAGUUUUAUCGAAGGAAAAUAAUUGAGAAAUCAAAUGAAUGCGACGAGCAAUGUCUACGAGUUGACUCUAAUGGUACAUUUAAAUUUUGAGACACGCCUCUUCAUCGAAUCAAAAAUCGUUACUUCCUGGAAAUACUAAACAAAUAUCGUUCUACGUAUGUAUAUCGAUUCGUCGAUCGUCUGUCUGUCUCUUACGACUAUAAAUGUGCAAACUUCCUUUAGAUGUAUGAACUUUUAUCCUAAAGAUUGUGAGUAGAAAAAAAGGACUACCUUUUAUAUCGGUAUAUGUUGGCAAUUCGGAAGGAUUCGAAAUCGUGGAAUGAGAAUUGGAAGGAACGAGUGUGCUACGCCGUGCGUUAAGAGAAAGAGAGAGUAUGUGUGUGUGUGAGAGAGAGAGAGAGAGAGAGAGAGAGAGAGAGAGAGAGAGAGUGAAAGCCGCGUAAAGUAAAUGUAUAGACUAUAUAUGAUCAAUUAUCAAACACUAUCUGUGCCUGACCUACGUAUUUAUUUGUCAUUUUCCUAAUUACUAAUCUUACCCUCUUCUCAUAUGGCCGAAUAAAUGCGGGCCAAUUUUUCUAACUAAACUGAUGAAAAAAAAAGAGAAGAUUUUUAAUCUAGCCGGACAAUCAAUAUCGCUCGAUAGAAUUCCAAAUGGAUCGUUGAAAACGUGUCUCUAUCGAAUGUUCGAAGCGUCUUACGAUUUUACUUAAAAACCGAGAAAUGUAUGAACGAUAAAAACGCGUUUCCGCGAUAAUCGAACUAAAGCAUCAAACAAAAAUUUGAAAUAUAUUUUUAAAUGUCCACUUUAAUAUUAAUGCUUUUUUAUCGGUUAGUAUAUAUAAAUUAGAGUCGAUCGAAUAGCAGAUAUAAUUCCCUGACCGCGCAUGUUAAUGCGCGUGAUACGUGCUAAGAGGAAGAGAAGAAGAUGAAGGGAAAGUGAGAGCAGCGAUCAAAAAGUUGAAACUUUGAAAUCGAUAUCAAAUGGGCCAAGCGGGUCGCAUCCUAGCGAUACCGCCCUCACUUGUCAAUUCGUUAUUUACUCGCACUACGUGUCCUUCUCAUAUUUCAAUUACGGAAUACAACCGGUCGAUCUCUGUCACAGCUUCUCUUAUCUCCAAAGAGAAUUUACUUUAGUCUCGUGAAAUAUUAAAAUCCUAUUAAGCGCACCGUCGAAUCCGAUUCUCCUCUGUUAUGCGUUGGUCCUAUCGAACGAUACGACAAAUUUAUCCAUUUGUCGUCUUUCCCAAUCCAUAGAUUAACGAACGAGAUACAUAAAAUACAGAUUAAACUGCUUAGUUUAUCUCAUAUAAAAAUAGCACGAACUGAUCCAAUGUCGUAUAUAAGGAAAAAGAUAAGUAUACAAAUGAACGAAAAAAAGAAAAAAGAAAAAAAAAAUAUAUAUAUAUAUACAUGAAUUAUAAUUCUACGUACGGAUAGAAAUAUAUUUAGCUGGUACGAGAGUUUAAUCGUUUGCGUAUCAGAGGGUUUUAACAAAAUAUGAUCGAAAAACGCCAAGGAGCACGAUUGCUCUUCUUCGAUUACAUAUCGAAAAAAGCCGAAGAGCGCGAUAGCACUUGCCAUGUUCAAUGCAGUGAACAAAUAUAUAUUUAAUACAUAAAAUAAAAAGUUAUGAAUGAAAAAAAAAAAAUAUAUUAAUAUAUAUAUUCUAUUAAUUUAGAAUAGGUAACAACAAAAUACAAAUUGGAUUACUGAUAGCGAUGCGACGUGCAUGCGUCUGAAAGGCUGAACGCAUUUUGACAAAUUUCAGGUGGACCGUCAUUUGUCUGUUUCGGUCAAAUGUCCCUGGCUUUUUUCGACACAAAAUCUGAAGAGCGCGAAAAUGGUUCGUGGUACGCAAACGGUUAAGGAGACUUUGAGGAGAGAUUGAGAAAGAAAUAAAGGGAUACUGUUAACUUAAGCUCGCGGGCGAGUUACUACUAUGAUAAUCUAAUGAUGUAACGUGUGUGUAAGAGAAGCUGCGUGUAAAGAAAAAAAGAAAAACAGCAUGAAAAAAAAAAAAAAGUAUUUCCGCAUUGCGGAAAAUGCGUCGACUUAUUGUCCACUAACUAUGGCGAUAAAUUCCGAUCCGUGUGGAUAGAUUUAAUUCGAUAGUUGUUCAAAGAAUUUCGCCCUUGUGCCAAUAAAUGUAAAGA